AUGCCCGUGUCUCAAGAAGGGUGGCUUCGCGCGAAGCUCACCGACCCUCGGGCGGUGCAGGUGCUGCAGAGGAUGACCGCCGACCUGAAACCUGGCGACUCAAGGGCGGCGAAGCUAACAGGAGCCAUGAUCGUCAAAGAGUUCAUGACGCAGGACGUGGCUCCCCUCCAGGCGCGCCCGCGCCCCUUGUGGAAGCUCGAAGACGAAGGAGACGACCUCCGCUUGCGUCCGGAGGCCCUUUCUGUCGAGGAGUUGGGCUCGGCCCUCCGCUCCUUGGUUGGGGACGACCAAGGGUACCCACUGGACUCCUUCGUGCCCUUGUACUGCCGCCCGGAUGGGGCGGAGGCCGCCGCUGCCAUGCCCAUCUUUGAUGAGCGUGGGCUCGUGUCGCCUGCGCCCUCUGAUGUCCUAGUGACGACGACCCCGGUGGUGGUGUCCUCCGACGAGGAGAAGGAGAAGGACUCGGAGGCCACCCUGGAAGGGUCUGGGGAGACCGCCCCUCCGCGCAAGGCUGAUCUUCUCCGUGCCAUGCCCGACGAUGACGAUGCUGACGACCACCUGGCGAAAGAAGUCCCGCCUCCCGCUGGGGUUACGACGAGGCCCAGGGUCUCCCCCUCGGGGAAGCCGACAUCGUCGUCGAAGAAGAAGAAGGAAAGGGCGGCCACACCCUUGGGGGCCCCGCAUCUUGUCACUGCCACACCUCCCCUGGCACAGAAGGGCGGCGACAGCGCCCGCAUUUCUCUGGCCCGGUCGUCCUCGCGAGGUCCAGAGGAGCGCCCCCAGGAGAGGGCACCCGCCAAGGCCUCGUCAGCUCCUGAGGCGCUCAUCCCCAGCCCGUCGGCCGAGGCCCCGCAGGCUCCGGAGCUCCUAGCCUCUUCCUCCGUCGCCCUCAACCUGCAGGUCUUGGCGAUGACGCUGCCUCCUUCUUCCGCUCCACCGCCAGCCCGCGACCCUUCCACCUCGCCUGACGCCCUGGAGCACGCACUUUCCGCGCUAGCCCGGCUGCAGGGUGAUCUUCAAGGCGCCGACCAUCGCCUAGUGGUCGGGCGCCUGGAGCUGAUCUCUGGCUGGCUGCACUCUGAUGCAUCUGUCUGGGAGGCACUGAGCCAGGCCAUGGCGGCAUCGGAGAGGGACAAGCAGGCCACCGCCCAAGCUGCGGCUGCCUGCGAGGUGGCGCUGAAGGAUGCCGGGCUGCCCAGGAUCGCUGUCGGUCGCUAG